UGUGAUCCUUCUUCCUCAGCCUCCUGAGCCACUGGGAUUAUAGGCAUGUGCCACUGUGCCCAGCUUCAGUGCCUCUUUCUUCCUGGUAGCUGUGAUGUGCCCUGCCAUGAGGGCUGGCCUGAAAGGGAACACUGUCCCCACUGCAAAGAUAAAAAGGACCACUGAGUAGCCCCUGGGUAGAACCCAGGCACUCUGACUCCACACUGGAGUCUACUCUUUUGCUGACUGGCCCUCCAGGAGGAAAAGGGCUAAGCUCCAAUAGUGGGGGAGUUGUCCCUUAAGAGGGUCAAAGCUGAGCCUGCCCCUCUCCUUCCUGGGGGCACCUAAUUCCUCCUCUUACACAAUGUCCCCUACCUUUACACCAUCUUCCCCACUGGACCUGGUGAACUUGGCAUCACAUGCCCCAGGGGAAGGGAGGGCAAAGCCCACCUGCAUCUGGGACUCUCUCCACCCACCCACACUCAAGUACUAGGCUCCUUUCUCUCUACUGCCCUCACAUGGCAGAUCUGUGCCUGGGAAUCCACUCCUCAGAGAACUGACAAGCCAAGGCUGCACCCGCUUUAUACCAAGAAUUAGGAUGUCAUGCCUUGGUGACUUUAGGCUGACCCCUGCCCCUCCCUGGUCUCAGUCUCCCCUUCUGUGAAAUGGGCUGCUGGAGAUCCUGCUUCAGGACCUCAGCUUAAAACAGGGCUGCUGUAAUGGCAGUGGAACUCCCAAGCAAAGACAAGAAGGAGCUGAUGUCUCUCUGUACCCAGACUUCCCUGCAGAGUCAGGAACCCCCAAAGCAGUGUGGGAUGGGGUCAGCACCAGCUCCCCGGGAUUGGAUCACAUUGAAAAGAGUGUUUGAUUCCUAGCUUCAACACUUUAUAGUCGGAAACAGCCAAGUUCUCAAGGACCUCUGUGCCCCAGCUGUGGGCCCGCAGAGUGGGGACAUGCAAACAUCCAACACCCCCUCCCCAGGGCCUUGGGAGCACAGACAGGCCACUGCUUGCAGAGUGCUGAGUGCCCAAGGCUUGGAAAGGGAUGGUAUGCCGGGAGGAGGCUUCUCUUAGUUCUUGAAGAAUCCACCACUGUGACCUGGAACUGGAACUUGUGGUGAGGGUACACCCCAUUUCAGUGCCCUGCACCUCUGAACUGAGCACCACUUUCCUUUCCUGUCCUCUUUGCAGGAGACAGGCACCGGGGACCCUUCUUUUAGGCUUAGGGUCCUGACUAGAGGGGUCUGUUCCCUGCCCCCAACCUUUCCAUAUUCCUUGUUCCACACGUGGGGUCCCAUUGUCCCGGCCCCCCACAUCACCUCUUCCUCCGCCUGGCCACUCGCCCAACCUUCUUUGCAGCGGAGCUAUGUCCCCGGCUCUCAGGCAGGAGGGAAAAGGGAAACCCGGUUCUACUGGUAGCCCCUGGUUGCUCCCUACUUAGUGGGGUCAAGGGGUUUCCAGCACCCAGCCAGCACCUGAGGGCGACUCUCAGCCCCAGCCAACCUGACCACUUAGAGAGCUCCCUGAGGAGGCACACCCGGCCCUGGCCUACAGUCUCAGCAAAGCCAUUUCCUUCUUGAAACAGCCCCCGUCUUGAUGUGCCCCCAUCCGAAGAGCCUUCAAGUGAGGCGCUAACUGUAAGAUCUCCGCGUGUUGGACCACUGCCAUGGGCACCUCGGCCUCGCAGAAUCUUCCCAGCGCCCUCCACCCCCGCGUCCACUUGCUUGUCCAGCUGCGGGACUGAGGACUGCACGGGAGGCAAGGGCUAGCCAGGACCUGAUGUGUCCAUCUGGGCCCGUCUGCCUUUGAGGGCCUGACGAGGGAGACCGAGUGCGCCGUCCAGAGCGAGACAAGGACUGACAGUUGGAGGACAGCGUCCCCCAGGUCGCCGGGAGACCCCGGAGUUCGUCCGGGGGUGGGCCAGGGUGAUCUCUAUCCGGUUGGGGGCCAUGGGGACACAGGCCCUGCAGGGUCUCUUCCUCCUUUUGCUCCCUCUUCUGCCGCUGCGCGGGGCCUCGGCAGUAAGCCUGUACAGUCCAGGCUUGUCCGAGUGCUUCCAGGUGAAUGGCGCCGACUACCGCGGUCACCAGAACCACACCGGUCCUCGAGGAGCUGGACGCCCGUGUCUUUUCUGGGACCAGACGCAGCAGCACAGCUACAGUAGCUCCAGCGACCCCCAGGGCCGCUGGGGGCUGGGCGCGCACAACUUCUGCCGGAACCCCGAUGGUGAUGUGCAGCCAUGGUGCUAUGUAGCUGAAACUGAGGAGGGCAUCUACUGGCGCUAUUGUGACAUUCCCACAUGUCACAUGCCUGGCUACCUGGGAUGCUUUGUAGACUCCGGUGCACCCCCAGCUCUCAGUGGUCCCAGUGGCACCUCCACGAAGCUCACUGUCCAGGUGUGCCUUCGCUUCUGCCGCAUGAAGGGCUACCAGCUGGCCGGUGUGGAGGCUGGUUAUGCCUGCUUCUGUGGCUCUGAAAGCGACCUGGCCCGGGGACGCCUUGCUCCCGCUACGGACUGUGACCAGAUCUGUUUUGGCCACCCGGGCCAGCUGUGUGGCGGUGAUGGACGGCUAGGCAUCUAUGAAGUGUCGGUGGGCUCCUGUCAGGGAAACUGGACUGCGCCUCAGGGAGUCAUCUACUCGCCGGACUUUCCCGACGAGUAUGGACCAGAUCGGAACUGCAGCUGGGUGCUGGGCCCGACCAGUGCCGCUUUGGAGCUCACCUUCCGCCUCUUUGAGCUGGCCGACCCGCGUGACCGGUUGGAGCUGCGCGACGCCGCCUCGGGCAGCCUGCUCCGCACCUUUGACGGCUCCCGCCCUCCUCCGCCCGGACCUCUGCGCCUGCGUGCAGCCGUGCUGUUGCUCACUUUCAGCAGCGAUGCGCGCGGCCAUGCGCAGGGCUUCGCGCUCACCUACCGCGGUGAGCUGGGUCCCGGUCCCCCUACCCCCGCCCUCUUACCCCCACCCCGCCUCACACUCCUCUCCGCAGGGCUGCAGGACGCUGCGGAGGACCGCACGCCCCCCAAGGGCUCGGCCCAGACGCCCGCAGAACCCCCCGAGGGGGCCAACGUGAGCUGCAGCCCUAGGCCUGGAGCCCCACAGGCUGCGAUGGGGGGUGAGGCAGGCAUGAGAGGCGGGAGGGAAUCGGGGAGUAGCCCUUCUGGGCCCUGUACUCACUGCACCCGUGUGCCCGCAGCCCGGGUCUUCUCAACGGUGACGGCCGUCUCUGUGCUGCUGCUGCUGCUCCUGUCUCUGUUGCGUCUGCUGCGCCGACGGAGCUGUGUUCUGGCUCGGGGAAAAGGGCCCCCGGCAUUGGGACCUUCCCGGGGCGCCGGGAGAAGCUGGGCUGUGUGGUACCGCCGGCCCCAAGGGGUGGCCCUACCCUGUCCUCCUGGGGACCCCCAGGCAGAGGGUCCUGCCACCGGCUAUCAGCCCCUGAGUGCCUCCAGCCAGAGCUCCUUACGCUCGCUCAUCUCUGCUCUCUGACUUCGGACCCCCAAGGUCCAUCGGACCUUCUGCCAGUGAGACGGAUAUCCGAGACGUUAUGCCACAUUCUACCUCGGCCUUUUGCCACUUCAAAGGCAGCUUGGUCUCUGGUCAUUCCAAGGAGACCAGAAAUCGGACUGGAAGCAUCUUGUUCUAUUCUGGGUAUUUGGCCUGAACCUCUAGGUCCAGCUCACCAACCCAUAGAUCUUGAUGUGGGAGGUAGUCUCUGUUUUUAGGAGUCUCUGAGACCCUCCUGGGGUCAUCUUGGAUUGCUGCCCUCAGUGAGAGGUUAGAAGUCAAAAAAAGUAGUCAAAAUGUCACUGGCAUUUGGAGGCAUUCUGGAGAAGGGACAUGGACUCAAGACAAGUGGGGUCCUUGAUGAACAUGUUGUAGUAGAAGAAUUUCAGCAGGUGCUAGAGACACAAAAAGGUUUAUUUAGGAAAGCAGAGACACAUUCAGGGGAGAAGUGAGCCAUGUCCAGAGGAGUGACAACAACUUCUUGAUGUUGGUGUUAAUAUUUAUAUAGGAGCAAUUGCUAGGGGUUGGACUAGAGAUGGAUGCAGGGUGGAGUUACACAAUUUCUAGUGUUUCUGAAACUUGAACUUCACCCUUCUGUAACUUUUUUGUAGGUAAAGGCAUGGGUCGAGGGCAUGGCCUGGGUUGGUCAGGAGUGGCAAUGAUUCAUGGGCAUUUUCUGCAUGGGCCCUUCCUUUGAUAAUCAUUAUCUCCUCCAUAUGUACCCAAAUUCCUGUCUCAAAGAGGUCCAUCACUGACUUUAAAUAAAGGUUCUAUUUUGGUACA